UGAGUGGCGCCGUUUGCGCCGCUGCGCUAUAAGAGGAGGACGCGGCGCACGUCUGCGCCACAGAGCGUCCGGGCGCACAGGUCCAUCACUCCGCAUCACCUCGCCACGGGACGACUGCUCCGACUUCCCUCUCCUGCAGGAUCCCAAAGAGCUGCGCCACCAUGCCAAAGUGCCCGAACUGCCAGAAGGAAGUUUACUUCGCGGAGAAGGUGUCGUCGCUGGGGAAGGACUGGCACAGGCCCUGUCUAAAGUGCGCCAAGUGCAGCAAGACCCUGGUAUCAGGCUCACACGCAGAGCACGGUGGCAAGCCCUACUGUCACAAUCCCUGCUACAGCGCCAUGUUCGGACCCGGCGGUAAGCAUGUUUCACCUCACGCGAUCCGACCGACACUGCAACCACGACAUGUGAAUGUUUGAGCGCUGUAAGUGGUGCUAUCGACCUGUGGAGAAUUCGCCAGCGAGCGAAAUAAGUACAAUUCAUGCAGGCGUCUGACAAAGGUUUUGUCCUGACGUUCCCCAGAGCUCAUGUCUGAAAGUGGCUUAGGAAAAGGUGUUUCUUGUGUGGUAAUACUCGAGGCUCUAUUACAGAAUGCUUUAAUUUCUUCUAGAAUCCCAACAUGAAUGUGAUUUCAUUCUCUGUCUCUUCCCUUUUAGGUUUCGGCCGCGGCGGAGCCGAGAGCUACAAA